AGUCGCGUUGAUGACAAUUUGUUGCUUUGUUAUUACACAGUGUUUACUUAUGAAAAAUUUUAAAAACACAGUACGCAAGUGAAUGAAUAGCAUUUCGAAAAGAAAUUUCUAAUCAAAACCAUAUUAUUGCAUUUCGUUUUUAUUUUAUUUCAUUUCCCACAAAAAAACAACAACAAAUUGAAUUGCCACCCAUUAUUUGUUGUAAUUUCAAAUUUUAGUACGACCAAAUCGAAAUGAUAACCUUGAUGGCUCACGCAUCAAACAAGUGACUUUGACAGUUCAAAACCCGAUGCACAGAAUAAUUUCUGUUUGCUAUUGAGAGAAUAAAUUCGUCUUUAGGUAUCCUCACAAAAACUAUCUCGAACUGAAUUAUAAAUAACUGUACAAAUCAGUAUUUUAAGACAGUUGUGUUUAGAGCGUUGUAGCAAAACCUCUCAAAAACUGUAUAGUUUCUGAGUUUUCGCAUAAUAACAAAUAGAAUACUGUUUCUGGUGCAUAUUAGUCAGCCUUCUUCAAAUAAAGUCGAUCAAUUAGUAUUCGUCACCAAAGAGGGGAACAAAUCUUAAUUAUUCUUCAGUAAAAGAAUUGGGCUGGAUUAUUGACUAUGGUAAACAAAAGAAAGAAACAAUCAUUCGGAAAAAGGCGUAAAUUAAAUGCAAAACGAAAUCGAAUUGAAGCCGAAGAGAAUGCUGGGACUGUACCACCAAAAACAAUCGUUGAUAUCGAUAACGAUUGCUUGGAACGAGUUUUCGAGUUGCUGAAUUUUCGUGACUUAAUUUACUUGGCUGAAGCAUUUAGGUGUAGUAGCCGAAGCGGUUUUUGCUCGCAAACUCAAAAGAAGAUUGAUUGUCGUUGAAAUUUCAUCUGGACAUAGACCCAAUGACAUGGAUAUUUUCGACGAUGCAAUUUACAUUUAUCGGGAGUUUUUAGCAGUCCAACUUAUACGGCGUUUUGGUCAAAGUGUUUCUCGAAUUCAUUUAAAACUCAAAACCAAAAAAGUGAUUUUUUUGAAAAGCGUCAGGGAUCAGCGAGAUAUACAAAUUGGAUCUCUUCGCGAAAAUUUAUUUCUUCACGUCAAUGAAUAUUGUCACAAGACGCUGAAUGAUCUACUCAUUUGGAGACAUAAUGAUCUACUCAUUUGGGGAGAUUCACACAGAGUUCAUGCACUCACGUUUGGCGCAGUGAAACAUCCGUUUGAAAACGUUGAAAAAUUCUCAUUUCAUAAGGGGACAGUUGGAGCUGGGUUUGAACACUUUAAUCGACUUUUCCCACGUUUACGUCAACUUGAAGUCGUCGACAGUUUCAGCAUUCCGGAUUGGAAACACAUUGCUCACACCUUUCCUAAUUUAAAUGCUUUCACGUUCAACAACGAUUCAGGUUUCCCAAAAUAUUUUACUGACAGUUAUUUGAAAACAUUCAUAACUUUGAAUCCACAGCUUGAGAGUACUGAACUAAUCGGCUACUAUGAACCGAGCAUCUGGGAAUUUGUCAACGCAGAACUCAAGAAUUUGAGAAGCAUCUACGCAUCGUAUUCCCCACCGCAUGCUCAACACUUCAAAGAUGGACCCAUUCAAUUCAAUACGGUUGAAACAUUCGAUGUGCUCAGUGAAAAGGGUACAGACAAACAUUCAAUCGAUAUAUUUUCUUUCAAGCGUCUGAAGAAUAUGAGAGUGAGUUGCUACAAAGACCAAUUAGAGGUGUGGUUAGAUUUCAUUCUGGCACACCCAACAGUCGAAUAUCUUUCGAUUCGGAUUAUUGAUGGUUGGAAAAUGCGGGAUAUUCUAGAUGAGUUUGGAAAAGUACGCCAAAAAUUAAUCAAAGUGCGCCAAAAUACCAAGUUCAUAUCAUUACGGCUGCGUGAUUCAUUCUUUUAUCCAUCGGAUAUCAAGAAUCCUACGAAAUUUUCAGAAUUGUAUCAAUGGUUUGAUAAGAUUUUUGUAAAUUUCGAUAGACGUUUUCCCAGAAUGGAAGAAUUCUGUACAAUAAUGCCGCAAUUCAAAAAAUGUAAAAUGACUAAAAAUGUCUUGGCAGAGUAUACACGAGUUAAUUUUGAGGAAUGCGAAUGAUAAAUGUAAAUUUUGAGUUGUGCUCAAAGUUUUUGAAAUCAAAAUGUAAAAAAAAACAAAGUGUAAUUCAUUUCAUUUUCAAUGUUAUACGUACUCCACUUGAUAAGCAAAUAAAUCGAAAUGAAACCAAGAAAAGACUGUUUUGUUUGAGAUAUUUUAUUGUUUGCAGUAAUAAUUAAUGAUCAAUUUUGUUUUGUUCACUGUAAG